AUGGGAACAUAUAAGAAGCAUGUACAGUGCAGCACAACAAUGAUCCAGCUAGAUCUUGAGAAGGGUCUCAUAACGAAAGAUGUUCAACCAGAUAUUAGCCCCACCAACAGGAGUAGUUUCAUGCUAGUCUCUGAAAUUCUGUAUACACCCUCGCCUCAGUUUCCUGAAGGAAUAAACAAUCGAGCCAUGAUCAUCACUCGGAAAUCGGAAUACUGGAAUGAAUCCAUUGCUAAGUAACACUGCACAGCCCAGUCGUACCCGAAGACUCGUGAUUGGUCCAGCUGAUACUUCUUCUCCUUUUCUCUCGAGUCCGUUAGCUAGCACCCCUGAUAUCCAAUAGUCAUUAGCUUACACCAUUCAUAUUUUGCCUUCCAUCUUCCAUUUACACAACAGAAAUUAAGCAUAAACAAUUCAUCUGAACAAUUUCCAAUCACCAUUCAACUCUAAGAUUGACCUAGAUCAUCAUCCCCACUAUUUCCACAGCUGUCAGAUUGUCCAAUUGGUUAUUGAAGCUAUAUAUAGUAACGCCAAGCUGGUCUUACAAGCAUAAAUUGCUGAUCUUCUAGAAAAGAUUCUUCAUUUUACUUAUACAAGGCAACAUAAACAAAUGACGUUGAAUACGAAUACACCGGAUAACCCAGUCCGAUGUUUA